AUGACAUUGACCAUCCCGCCAAACGGCAAAGUUGCCGUGAUUGGUGCCGGAGUCUCGGGACUCUCCUUUGCAUAUUUCCUCAACAAGCUUCGUCCCGACAUCAAUAUCCAUAUCUUUGAGAAGAAACCACAUGUAGGUGGCUGGAUCGACUCAUUGACAUUGUCCACCAAAUCUGGUGACUCCAUACUUCUAGAAAAAGGCCCCCGUACGCUCCGAGGAGUCAGCGAUGGGUCACUUUUGAUUGUUGAUAUCUUGAAGAACCUAGGGCUGGCCCAACUGAUUGAGGUGAUAGAGAAGAGUUCGGUUGCAAAUAAGAAGUACCUAUUGGAUCAUUCUAGAGAGUUGCUCCAAGUCCCUGACAGUGUACAGACUGGGGCAAAGUUUUUGGCAAAGAGUGGCAUUUUAAAAUUUGAGCUUCUAAAGGGCUUUUUCAAAGAGCCGUUUGUCCCCCAGCGAAACGACGGAAAGGACGAGUCCAUUGAGUCCUUCUUUCAAAGGAGAUUGGGCUCAAAGCUCCUUACCAACAACGUAAUGAGUGCGGUGCUACAUGGGAUUUACGCGGGUGAUAUCUCCAAGCUCAGUGUUCGGACGGUGUUGCCCAAAGUGGUGGAAUUGGAAAAUGAAAAAGGCUCCAUCUUCAAGACUUUAUACGCCAGAUUCAGAGAGAAGAAGGAAAAGGAAGCAACUUUGCCACAGGCAUUGAAGGAGUAUGAGGACAUGAUUUCUCCAGAGUCAAAUCUCACUCAAUUAUCUUCAGAGUUGAAAAAGUUUCCUAUGUUAAAGUUGCUGAAUGGGUUACAAGAGUUUCCUAGAAAGAUUGAGGAGUAUUUAACUAAACAAAAUAAGGUACACUUUCAUUUUCGGUCAAAUAUUACUUCGGUUAGUCCCAAGGGUGAACUAGCGGUUGAAGGUGAAGAAGCCCAAAAGUUUCAUCACAUCAGAUCAACAAUUUAUACCCACGAACUUGCCAGGUUAUUGCCCAAGGAGUCAUCGGAAUUAAGCGAUACUUUGGCCAGACUACAGUAUGUCAAUGUAUUCUUGGUGAACAUCUACUCACCUAAAGUAGAAUUGAAGCCUAAAGAAAAACAGGGGUUUGGAUUUUUGGUUCCAAAGGGGGAAGAUGGAAGAUUUGAGAAGAAUCCAGAUUGCUUACUUGGUGUAAUCUUUGAUUCUGAUGUGGAGCAGAAUUCUAUUAAAUUCAUAGGGGGCGAACCUGUGGAGAAUGGAAAUGCUAGUAAAAUCACUUUGAUGAUGGGAGGUCACUAUUAUAAUAAGAUCCAGAUUCCUUCUGCUGGAAUUAAUCUUAAGAUCGUGAAGAAAAUCCUCUCUGAGAUCUUGAAGGUCGAUUUGAGUGAAUCCAAUCUUAUCAUUAGAGACGAAGAGUCCAUCGAAAGCAAGGACAUCCAGGGAUUGAAAUCCAACGAUAUAUUGAUCUCAUACAACCUUCACAAAAAUUGCAUUCCUCAGUAUAAUGUUGGAUAUGGUGAUAUUAAAAACGAGUUGGAAAGUUGGAUUGAAUUGAACAAUUCCAAGCUUUCGUUCGGGGGAAUGGCGUUUGGUAACGGUAUUGGUGUACCCGAUUGUGUGACCAAUGCGUUAGAACAUGCUUUAAAAUGUAAAUAG